AAAGAGUCACCACCAAUGAUAUUAAGCAUGCACUUUUUUUUCUUUAUUCCAGACAUGACAAGUGUGUCAUCGAACAUCCUUUCCAUCCUAGUAAUGGCAGAAUUUGUUGUUGGAAAUUUUGCCAAUGUCUUCAUAGCUCUGGUGAACUGCAUUGACUGGGCCAAGAAUCAAAAGAUCUCCACUGCUGAUGCGAUUCUCACUGCUCUGGCUGUUUCCAGAAUUGGUUUGCUCUGGGUGAUCCUAUUAAACUGGUGUUCAACUGUAUUUAAUCCAGCUUUACAUCCAUCAGAAAUGAGAAUUAUAGUCAGUAAUACUUGGACAGUAACCAACCACUUUAGCCUUUGGCUUACUGCUAGCCUCAGCAUAUUUUAUUUGCUAAAGAUAGCCAAUUUCUCCAACCUGACUUUUCUUUACCUGAAGAAGAGGAUUAAGAGUGUCGUUGUGGAGACAAUGCUGGUGAAUUUUGUCUUUUUGGUUUGUUAUCUUGUUGUGCUAAACAUAGGCCAGAGUAUUCAGAGAGAAGAAUUAGAAGGAAAUGCAACUUGGAAGAUUAAGUUGAGGGACAUUGUCCAGCUUUCAAGUAUGACUGUAUUAACUCUUGUAAAUCUCAUACCCUUUACUGUGUCACUGAUAUGCUUUCUGCUGUUAACCUGCUCCCUGUGUAAACACCUCAGGAAUAUGCAGCUCCACGGCCUAGGAUCUCGGGAUCCCAGCACCCAGGUCCAUGUAAAAGCUGUGCAAACUGUACUCUCCUUCCUCUUGCUGUCUGCCAUGUACUUCCUUGCUCUAAUCAUAUCAUUUUGGAGUUCUGGUAAAUCAAUGAGUAAACUCAGUCACAUGUUUUGCCAGGCCAUUGGGAUCAUCUAUCCUGCAAACCAUUCAUUUGUCCUGAUUUGGGGGAACAAGAAGCUAAAGCAGAACUUUCGUUCACUUUUAUGGCAGGUGAGGCACUGGGUGAGAGGACAGAUAUCUUGA